AUAUCUCCUUGUUUCCAAAAAUGAACUCAGUAAAUUCACCAAUAACCUACACCGUCGAAGACAAAGACCUAGACGACGCCGCAUUGUGGGCGGUAAUCGACUCGGCCGCCGCCUCCCACUCCUCCUCCAAACACCGUAAAACCUUAGCAAUCAAAUUCCCCAACCACCAAUCCCCGCUCACCCCCGUAUCCCACACCUCUCCGCCCCAAAAAAUCCCCCGUAAAAACCCUAGCCAUCACCUUUAUUCCUCACCUAACACCAAUCACCGGCGACUCGCUAAUGCCGGUGAAGAUUACCACCGGCCAUACAAGAUAGCGAGGUCUUGCGCUUCCGAGGUCAGCGAGUCAAGCCCGAUGGCAAUAGUGCAGAGGACCCCAAUCGCUUCUUUUCGGGAAUACCGGUCACCGGAGACGUACUUGUCGCCGGGGUUAGGAGGUAAUGGAUCGGAGGUGUCUCUGGAGAGUUGCGGAAGGAGUGAUGAAAAGGAAGGGAUGAGGCAUAGCUUGUCCGGAAAGUUUCCUUCGGUUGAGCUGUUUAAGGAGUAUCAGAAUGCAGCCAUGGCGAUAUUGGAGAAAUCUGAUUAUACUAUGAUAUCUGGAAAUCCUUACAUUAAAAAAUCAGGUUGGAGGAAAAUAUCGUUUUAUUUCAAUCUCUCGUUUGAAAUCAAAGACAAGAACAUUGAAUUCGAUGACAAUCGAAAUGUUCAGCGUGCUGAAUUCGUGGUUCGGGCUUAUAUGCAGGGUGGACGGUUCUCGGAUGGAUGGGGAUCGUGUGAGCGGAGGGAGAAGAGAUUUCUAAAACCAAACCAUGAUAUACCAAGUACAGCAGAAACUAGAGCUAAGAACAAAGCAUGUCAGGACCUGCUAGGAAUUGGAGAGUAUCGUCCUGGUGCAAGCCAAUUUCGGCAAUAAAGAUACCCAUUCAUUGUUUUCGCCUAAUGCUGCCCUUAAUUCUCUGACAUUAGAAGAAUCAUAGCCGGAGAGAUCCAGCAAUUUAGAUUUCUUGCCUAUAACAUGAGCAGGUAAAAAGAAAACAAAAAAGAAGAGAUAGAACAUUUCAGCUUAAAAUGCUAUCUGGGGGUCAAGAAUGCUAGUUGCCCCCCAUAUUACUCAUCUGUCCUUCAAAGCUUGUCUUUUUAAAUGAUUAAAGGAAGAAAAAAAAGAAGAGUUCCCUGGUGAAUUUAAAAUAGAAUGCUUUGUCUUCCAGGAGUUAAAACUCAGGCUAGUAGCUACUCUGUUUGUUCCCUGGUGCACUGGUACAAGUAAAUUUAUUACUGACAAAUAGCCAAUAAUGAACUGGUCUUGAUUCAAAGUUUCCCAGCUGAGUAUCUCUGUUUUGAUGAUUGACAUGACACAUGAGGGGAGGAGCCACACACCAUUUCUGGUGCUCCUGGAGCAGCAUUUUAUUAUCAUUCAUUAGUUUUAAGAAUCAAACGUCUGAGGAGUUAAGAAAGCCUUUGGAACAGAGCUACAACAACAUACUGAACAGUGAACAGAGCUUAUGGACCAAAAGGGUAGAAAGGUAAUCCGCCCCUUCUCUCGAAAUACAGGACGAAACAGUUCAUGUUCACCAAAGCAGAACCAUUUUCCUUUUUUCCAUGUUUUUUCACAGCUCUUUUUAACGGUAACUUUUGCCCCCUCCCCCGUAUAUUUAAAAAUUGACAACGGGCGUGCUAGCUUUUUCAGAAAUGGCUUCAGGGUCCCCAAAAGGUAGGAGUUCAUAAUGAUGCCAAUUUUUUUAAUAA